CCGUACCUACUAUGCGCACCGGACGCAGAAGUAUAAAUUGGCCUUUAUGUUUCCAUUAUCAUUCAGACAAUGCUUUUAAUGAUAAGCGGCAAUAUCAAGGUGAAUUAAAUUGAAAAUGCAAAUUUGAAUGUGAUUCAACAAAACCCGAUGGUUUCCCUUCUUUUCUUCAGGGUUUUUAUUGAUUGAGGAAAUGGCACGUGGACAAGAAGAGAAUGCAGCACUAUGGGGCAAACCUAGUCAGUCAUCAACUUUUGCAGGCUCUGGACCUAAAAUGGCUCUUGAUGGAUUGUUAAACAGCUGGACCCACACUAAUGAAGAGACCAACCCAUGGUGGAGAGUGGAUCUACUGAAAGUAUACAGAGUAAACAGAGUGACCAUCACUAAUAGACCGACUUUUGCUGACAGGAUAAAUGGAGCGGUGAUUCGUAUCGGGAACUUUCUUGACAUUUAUAGCAACACCAUAUGUGGUGUGAUUUCUACUCUUGCAGCCGGUGCCACGGCCACUUUCUCAUGCGGUGGGAUGGUGGGACGUUAUAUGGUUGUUCAUAUUAUUGGACAGCUGAAGAUUCUUAGUCUUGGUGAAGCUGGAGUCUACGGGACUUUGGCAGGAAAUCGGGCAGUAGGAGGAGCCACUAUGCAGUCAUCAACAUCUGCAGACUGGUUUGCUGAAAAGGCCAUUGAUGGUAAUCGAGGUCUCCAGCAGUUGUAUACGGGAUGUUCCUCAACACUAAAUGAGACUAACCCGUGGUGGAGGCUGGAUCUGCGUGAUGUCUACCGAGUUAGUGAAGUGAUCAUCACUAAUAGAAAAGAAUGUUGUGCAGAACGGAUUAACGGAGCAGAGAUUCGCAUCGGAAACUCUUUGGAGAACAAUGGUACCAACAAUCCCAUAUGUGCUGUUAUUCCUGAUAUUCCAGCAGGAGAGUCCAACAACUACUCGUGUUAUAGAUUGGAGGGACGUUAUGUGAUUAUUCAUAUUCCUGGAGAGUGGAAGAUUCUUACUCUUUGUGAGGUUGAAGUCUACGGGUAUUUGGCAGAAAAUCUGGCGGUAGCUGGAACUGCUAUACAGUCGUCAACAUCUGCGGACUGGUUUGCUGAAAAGGCCAUUGAUCGAGGUCUCCAGCAGUUGUAUACAGGAUGCUCCUCAACCAUUCCUGAGAAUAACCCGUGGUGGAGGCUGGAUCUGCAUCAUAUUUACAGAGUUAGUAAAGUGGUCAUCACUAAUAGAAAAGAUUGCUGUGCAGAACGAAUAAACGGAGCAGAGAUUCGCAUCGGAAACUCUUUGGAGAAUAACGGCACCAACAAUCCCAUAUGUGCUGUUAUUCCUGCUAUUCCAGCAGGUGAGUCCUACAGCUACUCAUGUGAUGGGAUGGAGGGACGUUACGUGAAUCUGAUCAUUCCUGGAGACAUGAAGACACUCACUCUCUGUGAGGUGAAGAUCUAUGGAGAAGGUCCCUUUUUAAAAAGAUCAUUUAUAAAACUGAUGUUUCACUCCAGCAAAGAUUUGACUGACUCUACAAUGAGAGAAAGCAUUCUGAAACAGUUGGGAUCUGCUCUGGCUGAUAGAGGAUUCACAGACUUGACAUUGACUUGGUCACAAACCCCUAAACAGGAAGUGAUGCAGAAUGUGAAAGCUGGCAAAAGUCGCUGUGAUACAAGAAAAUAAUGCCCUGGAAAUCAACAUUCGUUGACUCACUAAAUACAUAUUCAAUAAAUUUCUUGAUAAAUUUCUUCAUAAAACCAGGCAAUUCUAUGUAAAAAGUCAGAAUUUUGAGAUAAUAAGUAACAAUUACCUUGUUUUAUUUAUUUUUUUCAGUGGUGGAAACAGACUUUCAUAAUUAUUACUUGUUUACAAAGUAAAAACCUUAAAACUAUUGUGCUUCAUUGUUACUCUUGAUUUAAAUCUAAGAACUUUUAAACAUCUUGUUUAAUUGUGUAAUGUCAACAAAGCACUAGAAAAU